UUACUGGUAACUGGCAACUCUGGCAAGCUGAAGAACAAGAAUACAAACCGAGUGGGAAUUUUGCUGUUGACUUUCUUUCUCUUCUUACCAAUUUUUCGUUUUCAUCGUAAUUACUGUAUAAUUUCCAUCUGGUCUUAAAAUUUUAUAUUAUUUCUACAAUGAGCUCGAUGUCAAACGUAGAGAAUCUGUCUCCCCAAUGCAUUCGUCAGGUGGGGAAAGAAAUACAAGAUUUAAUAAAAACACCUCCAGAAGGGAUCAAGGUCAAUUUAAAUGAACAAGAUAUUACUGAUAUCCAAGCUUUUAUUGAAGGUCCAGCUGGUACACCAUAUGCUGGUGGCGUCUUCAAAGUGAAACUGGUUCUUGGGAAAGACUUCCCUCAAGGACCACCGAAAGCAUUUUUUUUAACUAAAAUAUUCCAUCCGAAUGUCGCAAAGAAUGGAGAGAUCUGCGUGAACACCCUCAAGAAAGAUUGGAAGCCAGACCUCGGAAUCAAACACAUAUUGCUGACUAUAAAGUGCCUCCUGAUCGUGCCAAACGCAGAGUCAGCCUUGAAUGAGGAAGCAGGCAAAUUGCUGCUAGAACACUACGAUGACUACUCGCAGCGGGCAAGAAUGAUGACGGAAAUCCAUGCAUCGGCUCCAAAAUUACCGAAGCCAGGUCUCGAAACUACAGCCGAGGGACCAAUGGCUAAGAAGCACGCAGGGGACAAGAAAGUAGCUGCUGAUAAGAAAAAGUUAUUAAAAGACAAAAAGAGGACAUUGAAGAGAUUGUGAGAAGUGUUUUAAGGAUUUUAAACUCAAAGUGGUCUCUUUGAAUAUAAAUAUAUAAAUAAAUGUACAUAUUGAACGAAUGGCAUGAUAUCAGAGUAUAAAUUGAGUGAGUGUUUAAUUUUUCCAUAUCGAAAGAAAACUUACCUUUGACGUGUGUCUUAUUUAUGUUAUUUGUAUGAUUGUAUUAGAGUAUUGGAUAGGUUUAACUAUUCAGUUUUUUAAGUAAUAGAGUUUUUGUAAUUUUGCUACAAUCUUUUACAUUAAUUUAUUUUUUCUAAGAGAGUCUUGCUUACUGGUUUUCUUAGUUUUAAAGCGUUAUGAAACUGUGUUCAAUUUUUUACUGUUCUAUAUUGUAUAUGUUGUUUUAUGUAAAUUAUUGAAGAUAAUGAAACAAUUUUAUUACAUUUUGUCAAUUGUAGCACAAAGAUUGCCCAACACUUAUUCUAAAAAAUAAAAGACACUGAAAAAUCAGACAUGGUAA